AUGGCCACCACCAUCGUCCCCGUGUCGCCUACCAGCCUCACGCGCCAAGUGCGCCCCAUCUCCAUCCCGGCCGGCUCGUCCGCCACUCUGGACCAGUUUGAGGACUCGCGCGGACGCGCUGCUGCCGGUCCCUCUGGUCGCGGCCGCGACCCGUCUCCCAAGGCUCUGCCCAACCUCAACGACCGCUCGCCACCUCCCGGUCCUGCACUCGCGCUGCCCGCCAUGGGCCGUCGCAUCAGCGCCACCCAGCUCGCCGCACCCGCGUUCCACGCACACCACCAGCCUCCUCCCGCCACAGCUCCGCCCAACGAGGACCCCAUCCUGUACCUGCCGCCACUUCUCAGCGGCCUGCCUCACGGGGUCAAGCACGAAGACCCUACCCACCCGCGCAACCACGAGUUUGACACGCGUCUGCCCGACAUUGACCCGGCGUCGCUCGCCCUCCACCAGGCGCUCCACUACUUCCGUCCCAACGACGCACAGUACGCCGCCACCGAGUACAACGAGGCGUUCAACUGGGACGAGCUCGCCCUGCCCAGCAACGUCGAGAGGGAGUGGUACGGCGUCGUGUUCCGCUCGCGCCGCCGCCCCGAGUCGUCCUCGCUGUCGCUGUAUGCCGCCGACCGCGCCGCCCACGCCGAGGCCGUCUCGAACGGCGGCCUCGUGCUGUACUGGUACGGCGUGCCCGACGUGACCGGCCUCAACCUCGCCACGUGCAUCUGGCAGAGCAGGAGCCACGCCAUCAACGCGAUUGCCGGGCCCAAGCACAUCGAGGCCAUGAAGCAGGCCCGCGGCGCAUACGAAACCUACGACCUCGAGCGCUGGAUCAUCCGUAAGCGCGUCGGCAAGAAGACUCUCGAGCUCGAGCGCUGGGUCGAGGGCGAGGUGGGAUGGUGA